AUGGCCGCUCAAGCACCCACAGAGGCUCUGAAAGAGCUCAAAGUCGCCGAUCCAUCAGCUGAUGGCAAGGCUAACGAGAACAAUGGCGAGAACGGCAUUGACGACUCCGACGACGAUGCCGAAGAAAACGAUGGAGCCCCGGGCGCCGGCGGUGCCAAGAAGAAGAAGAAGAGAAAGCCUCGCAAGAAGAAGAAGACACCCACGAGUCAGACCGAACCUCCCCGAGUGAAGCUCAGCCAGCUCUUCCCCAACAAGAGCUAUCCCAAAGGCGAGGAAGUCGAGUACAAGGACGACAAUCUCUAUAGGACGACUGACGAGGAGAAGCGCCACCUCGACAACCUCAACAGUGACUUCUUGGCGGACUACCGUGAAGCGGCCGAGGUGCACCGACAGGUCCGACAGUACGCGCAAAAAGUGAUCAAGCCCGGGCAGUCUUUGACGGAGAUUGCGGAGACGAUUGAGGACGGCGUACGAGCACUGGUGGGCCACGAUGGUUUGGCCGAUGGCGACGGCAUGACUGCUGGCAUGGGCUUCCCUUGCGGCCUGAGCUUGAACCACUGUGCGGCACACUUCACUCCCAACGCGGGAGACAAGGUUGUCCUGCAACAAUCAGAUGUCAUGAAGGUCGAUUUCGGUGUCCACGUCAACGGACGUAUCGUCGAUUCCGCCUUCACCAUGUCCUUUGACCAGAAAUAUGACAACCUUCUUAAUGCAGUCCGUGCGGCCACCAACGCCGGCAUCCGCGAGGCUGGUAUUGACGCACGGGUCGGCGAGAUCGGCGGCGUCAUUCAGGAGACGAUGGAGAGCUACGAGAUUGAGCUCGACGGCACGACCUACCCUAUCAAGUCUAUCCGCAACCUGACAGGCCACAAUAUUCUGCCUUAUAGCAUCCAUGGUACGAAAGCCGUGCCCAUCGUCAAGAGCAACGAUCAGACCAAGAUGGAGGAGGGCGAUGUGUUUGCCAUUGAGACGUUUGGCAGCACUGGUAACGGUUACGUGCGGGACGACAUGCAGACCUCCCACUACGCGCGAAAGGAAACAUCAGGGCACGUGGACCUUCGACUGAGCUCAGCCAAGUCUCUGCUCAAUGUCAUCAACAAAAACUUUGGCUCGCUGCCCUUCUGUCGACGUUACCUCGACAGGCUGGGUCAGGAGAAAUAUCUGCUAGGCCUGAACAGUCUCGUCCAAGCUGGCGUUGUGGAGGACUACCCUCCGUUGGUUGACAAGAAGGGUUCAUACACAGCGCAGUUUGAACAUACCAUUUUGAUCCGGCCGACGGUGAAAGAGGUCAUCAGCCGCGGCGAGGACUACUAA